AGGAAGUGCUGUCUUAAGCUGUGUGCUUGGUGGCGGAACUGGCUGUUUGAUGUGAGGAUGUGUGUGUGUGCAAGUGUGUGUUAAUAAGGGAUGUAAUGAUUCUGACCAGCUGAAGCCCUGAACUUCACGAAUGGACCCCAGUAUACAAGUGCAACAUGGGCUCCAGGAUCAAAGAAAACCCUGACAAAACCUUCUACUGGUUCUUUCAAGCUUCGUGUCCAAUUGCCAGAGAUAAAGAUCCCGGAGUGUUGUUUCAGUUCCCUGAAGACUUCAGUGAUGAGGAGUCCCUGCAGUCCCUGCCUCGCUUCUGUUUUCCUUAUGACAUAGAGAGGGCGAAGGACACAGUGGCUGUGCAGCACUUCACAUUUGUAUUGACAGAUCUGGAGGGAUGUCAGCGCUUUGGAUUCUGCAGACUCACGUCCAGCUCUCAGACAUGCAUAUGUAUACUCAGUUAUUUGCCAUGGUUUGAGGUAUUUUACAAGCUUCUGAAUAACCUUGCUGACUACUUGACUAAAGGGCAGACCAAUGAAAUGAAAGAACUGUUAACAGUACUCUACAAGCACCCUGUACCACCUGCUAAUGGCUCCAUCACUCUGCAGAUGGGAGGGAAGCUUCAAAUCAGAAGUGUGAUGCCUGGUAUCUUUGGACACACCCCUAAAGGGGAGGAGUCAGAGGGGAUCCCGUACUUUAUUGCUCCAGAUCCCAAAGCCUUGCCUUCUAUUCCAGAGAGUAGGAACCUUACAGAGCUGGUGGUUGCUGUGGAUGUGAGUAAUCUGCUUCAGCUGUAUGCCAGCAUGCUGUUUGAGAGACGCAUUCUCAUCUACUGCAGCAAACUGAGCACACUCACGGCCUGCAUACACGCAUGUAAUGGAAUGCUCUUCCCCAUGUACUGGCAACAUAUCUUCAUUCCUGUGCUGCCACCACAUCUGCUCGACUACUGCUGUGCACCGAUGCCGUACCUCAUUGGAGUUCACUCGAGCCUGGCAGAGAGGGUAAGGAGUCGAGCUCUAGAGGAUGUGGUCAUUCUCAAUGUGGACACGAACACCUUAGAUUCGCCACAUGAUGACCUAAAGAAGAUCCCUGCUGAUGUGUUGGCAGGGCUUAAGGUCAGGCUGAAGAGACAGGCAGCGUUGGCUGGGUCAGGGGUCGCUCAUGCUUUUCUCAGAGCUCAGGCUCUGCUGUUUGGAGGAUACAGAGAUGCCUUACAGUCUCCUGCUGAGGGGCCAGUUGUGUUCUGUGAGGAGUUAUUUCUGAGUCAUAAGUCUCAGAGUAUGAGGGAGUUUUUGGAGAGCGCUGUUCACUUGCAGUGUUUCAAAGAGUUUAUUGACGGGCGUCUGGGAAUGCUGAACCAGGGCAAAGAGCCUGAUGACAUGUUUGAGGAAGAGCUGUUACAGUGUGGAGCCUCAUCAGGUGGUUCUAAAUUGUGUCGGCAAUGGGUGGGAAAUUUAAAGAAAGGGGGUGGAGCCCUGAUUGUGACAUGGAAGUCUACAGCUAACAAAGCAACCAAAUACCACAGCAAAUUUGGAUUGAAAAACCUCCUGUCAUCAAAGGAUCAAACCGAGUCUCACAUGCUGCAGCGGGGCGGGUCUGUCUGUGAUACGCACACGUAUCGCCUCAUCCAAUCAGAUUGCCUUCAGAACCGUAUACCAAUCACACAGCACUUUGGGAGAUCUCGACCACGCCGGCCAGCACGCAAGCAUCCUAGUAACCAGGGGAAUGAGCGACAGAUUCAGACACAGGAGGACAACAACACCUGCGAGGACAGUGGGAUAACUGGUGAAUUAACGGAGGGUCUCGAGCAGUGUUCUGGCUCUAGUGAGCUGCAGGAAGAUGAUGACCUUUCUCUUUUGGCUGACCCAGAGGAGAUGGACCUGCUUGGGGAGAUCUUUGACACUUUGAGUGCCCAGAGCUCCAGAGAGCCAGGCUUACUGUACGGCACACGCAGUCUCGACCUCUUCAGCUCAGACAGCAGUGAAUUCAUCUCACAUAGAAGUUUGACCGCACCCAGUCAGGAGAGUCUAAGUCCCUCUGUUGGAAACAGCGGAAGUCUCAUUAGCUGGGAGGAGGAGCUAGAGGAGGGACCACACGUAGAGAUGGAGGAGCCUGUUGCCCCGAUUGACAUGCCAGAAAAGGAGAUUACUGAAUUAGAUAAAGGCGUUGAGAAGAUAGAGGAAAGUCUAUGUUCAGAUGGACAAAGUUUAGGAAAUGCUUCUCUGGACUUAGAGGUGGACUCUAAAGAGGAACAAGAGGAUCACUGGUUGACUCAAGAUGGACAAGUCAACGGAAUAAUGGAUGAGCUUGAGGAAAGUUUGGAUAAUGAGACACAAGCAGGCAGUGAAGAACAAACAACAACUGAGGCUGUAGAACAACAUCAGACAGAGGAGAAGCCGACAAGUAACUUGGGAUCUCCAGACCACAGGGAGAAACCAUUGUUUGAGGCAAAUCUCAGGUCUGGAAAAUUUCUAGGACCUACAUAUGGUGGAGUCAUCUCUCCUCUCUCUGUCAGUGUAGAAGACAAGACGGACAAAGGAGAGAAGGCGGAAGAGGAGAUUGUCGAAUCCCCAUCGCAGAGUGUGUCUUCUACCGAAGCUCUGCCCCAGUUGCGAGUCUCACAGACCACGUCCUUGAUGGACUCUGCCAUUCCUAAUAAUAGUUCCCGAGGACAGGAUAAAUCUCUGAGAACUCCCCUCAGGACCCACCAUAUCCAUGCAGCAUCCAUUAGGCCAGUAAUGGGAAUGCAGACAAACGAACAGAGUUCGAAAUUGCCUGUUACAUCAACUCCAAAACAGUCUGAAGAGCAAGACCAGGCUCCCAUUAAGGUCUCCGAGCUGAAAAAGAGAUUUGAACAAUGACUGGUGGCACAUGUCAAACCAUUAUCAAGAGUGUAUCAGAAUUUAACUAUUUCAAACAAUCUGUAAAGAAUUAAAAACAGCCUUUUUUCCAGCCUGAUGUCAUGAAAAUUGCAUGACUGUGACAACAUUAUGUGGUUCGUUAUGCGUGUCACUGCAGUUACAAGGUGAAAUGUCCAUUAUGUGCCGUUAUAAGCGAGUUCCUGUGCUUUUAUGAUACUUUCAGCAUACGUGUUGACUCAUGUGCUCUUCAGGACUCGUAUCCCGGUCCUUUGCAUUUGAAGUGCAACGCUCUAUCAGUUGAGCUACCAAUAAUUCGAUCGCACUUGGACAUGGUUGUAAAUGUAGUUGGUUAUGUAUGCAAACAUUAAAACAAAUCUUGCGCUACAGUAAAAGUGGUUAGAUGUCAUAAGAUAGCAUUGUGUGUUAUGAAUUGAUAAUCUGCCAUUUAACGCUUGAUUUGUGUGAAAACAAAUAAAUAAAAGUCGUCGUUGUAACGCCUCGUGUUAAUUUCACCAGGAAACUGCCACGAUAUGUACAAUGAACCACGUACAAAUUAUUUUGCAAAACUGUAGGUAAAGUAACAUGAUUGUGUGAGACCAAGUUGUUUUUUUUCUGGUUGUUUGAAUUGUUUUCUGCAUUUGAAGUCAACAUGAAACGAUAUUCGCAACACAGUUUUUCUUCCGUAAACAGGAAGUAUUGAGAGAUACAUUUAGGACGGGACAUUUUAUCCUUCGGGAACUGUUUGGAUUGUGAAACAUGGGUGUACACCCCUCCUGAAACAUUACCACCAGCCAGUGGUUGAAACUCGAGCAUUUUCUGUGACGUCAGCUGUAAAGGAAUGUCAAUUUUUAUACGUAGGAAGUUUUUAUGUUUUGCUAAAAGUAAUAAAAUAUGUGCACUGAUGAA